AUGCCCAUUGUCCGAUAUUUCUAUUCCUUUGAGGAGUUGAGUUUCUUUCCAUAUAAUUCUCGUCCUGCGGGAUGCCAACUCCACCUUCGUGCUAACGGAUUCUUUCGAGAUAACAACCUCCUCCACCAUUCCUCACACGAACCUAGCGCCGAUGGCUCUUUUCUGCCAUCUCCCCGACACACUACGUCAAUUCCCCCGUCUCUUCCGACGUACCCCGAAGAUCCCAGCCGCCCGCAAACAUACGAUGAAAGCAGUAACCGAGUGCUCCCGUCUGCAAGAGUUGACUCCCUCCAUCCUUGUGAUCCUACAUGUAUCCGGUGCUGCUGGAGCUUCCGUUGGCGUUCUCGACGGUCAAACAAACCAACUGCAUGUCGCUGGCUACGGGUAUCGCGAUGUAGAGGAAAUGAGCGUACGGUUUAUCACCUUGCCUCUCUCUCGAAAAGCUUCACGGCAGCCGCUAUUGCUCUGUUAGUAGCCGAUGGAAAAUUGGCAUUCGGAGACCGCAUGUGUGAUAUCCUUCCAGGCUUCCACCAUGCAAACGACGCAAUCAAUUCUCAAAGCACGUUGCUUGAUUUCCUCUCCCGUCGAACCGGUCUUGCAAGCAAGAACGCACUGUGGCAGCAAGACGGACCUGAGAUUUUACUCGGUGAGAACGACACGCUACCAAUGGUCUCCUAUAUGGAGGCGGCUCAACCAUUGGGGGAGCAAUGGACUUAUAAUAACUUCGGCUACGACAUUCUAACAAACAUCAUUGCCUACGCCUUGCAAGACACAACGACGGCCGCUCACCCCCCAGAGGAAAAUUGGGCUCGUGGAUACAUGCCUGGCCCGGAUGGGACGCUCACGGGUGUUGGAAGACCCCAAAUUUCUGAAGGGACCGUCCAACAAGCAGCCAAUGGGGUGAAGAGUAGUGUCAAUGAUCUCUUGGUGUAUUAUAAGGCUGUGUUGGAUGCCUGGCGUUUGGAAACAGGCAGUGGAAUAAGCCAAGACCAGAACUUGCCACCGCUCAAGAGUGUCAAAGAACUUCUGACAUCACAUAUACCCCUGGAUCCCGACGCUGAUGGACAAUGGUAUAGCGCAGGGUGGGCAACGUCGGGGCCGGACGACUGUAGCGAGAAGAACGACUACGUUUCCCUGGCCAAGCAGAGCGCCGCCGCCUAUGAUGACAUGUGGACUCGAUGGCCAGACCUUGAUGUGCCAACCUAUGUCUUUCAUUUUGGCACAGAUGAGAAGGGUCAUAUCGAGACUCUCCAGUGGGAGCAUGACCCUGAUGUGCCGGGCGGUGAAACAUUUGUGAAGAAAUCCAAUGAGACCCUUGAUCAUAGGGUGCCCACGGAGCUCUCAGGAACGGUGAAGAGGUAA